GAUGAAGGCAACGUUUUACUUGAGAAUAUGAUUGAUUAAUUCAUUGAUGUUACAGCGGGCCCGCGACAGCUUGCCUGCGGAGAGUGAUGACGAGAUCGAAGAGCUGGAUGAGGAUGAGGAUGCUUCAGAUGAGCUGCAUGAGGACGAGGAGCGUCUGCGGCAGGAGGAGGAGGAGGAGGAGGAGGAGGAGGAGCGGCGGCGGGUGCAGCAGCAGGUGGCGGAGCUGCAGCAGCGCUGGAAGGAGCAGCGGCGUGCACAGCAGGAGGAGGAGCAGAAGAAGGCUGAGGCCAUUCGGCAGCGGCAGGCAGUGGCUCACAGCGAGGCUGCAGCUUCAGCUAGUUCCCAGGUGUCCAGCACGCAGGAGACAGAGCCCACGAGCAAGGCCGCUACCUGCAACUCCCUGUCUGACGGCUUUGAGCCGGCACCCGCACCCGGCACCACUAUCAGCACCACCAUCGCUACCAGCACCCGUGACGACGCCGAGAACGCCCCUGCUGCACAACCGCAUACGCAGCAGCAGCGCGGCGAGGCAGUGGCGGCUGAGCCGAUGUAUGAGGCGCCGCGCUACCAGGCCCCGCCGCAGUACACCCAGCCCACGCAGCAGCAGCCGCACUUCUACCAGCAACAGGCCAUCGGCUACAUGGCGAUGCCGGGCGGCGGCGGCUACGUCGCCCUCAUGGCGCCCACGUCAUUGGCACCCAUGCAGGUGCCGCAGAUGCCCAUUGCGGUGCCUUUGGGCGGAGGCGGCGGAGGCUCAGCCAGUGGCAGCGGGGACGGCGCGUGUGGCCUGGGUCAGGCUGGCGUGCAGGGGCCUCCGUCGUGGCAGCUACCGCCGCAGGCCGGGUGGCCGGCGGGGUCGCAGGUGACUUGGGUGCCCGUCAUCCAGCCGCCCCAGCAGGGCGUUUUCGGCACGUUGCCCGGCAUGCCCGGCGCCGGCACGUACGGGUUCAUGCCGUCGGUGUACGGCGCCACACCACCCAUGCAGCCCACUUACCAGGGCCCCGCAUACCAUUCCGGGUAUCAGCCUAGCUACGUGCAAGCCCAGCAGCCAACGCAGGCGCAGCCGUACAUGCCGCACCACGUGGCGCAGCAGACCCAGCCCAAGGCCCAGCUGCCCUACUUCAUGCAACCGCGCACCGACGCACGGUCCGGCCGGCUGAAAGAUAAGCUGGCAGCUGCGGCGGCUGGUACAACAAUGGCUGCGACAUACGUCCAGCCUGCAUCGCCGGCGGGCGCGGAGGACGAUGGCGAUGUCGACGACCUGCUCCACCUACUAGUCCCAGAGUCCCGCUGAAGGGGAACAAUAGCAACCAGCGUAGAUUCUAGCAAAGAUUUCAGGGUAUGCCAAGUAUUAACUUACACGAGCGACGGAGCAGGUAGGCGCUGGAGUAACGCAGGCAUGCGUAGCGCAGGCGUGCCGUGUAUGGUGUGUAUGGAGGUCAGUGACCCGCUGCUGCGCGCGCACCUGAGAUCAGGAUUGGGCCUGAUGUGGGAUGUGGUGAGCCGAGCUGGCAGAUGGCAUCAGGGUCGUAUCCCUGGGUGACAGUGUUGGGCCGUGUGCGCUCGCGGGCGUCUGUAUACAGCGCAGUGACCACGACUGAUGACGCGGGCGUAUUUCCGUGCGGAGAUGAGAGGCGCCUGGAGGCUGGAGCAGUAUUGCUUGCUAUAGAUGUAGGCGGCCAUGCGAUGGCAACUUUGUCCUCGUCCUGAGUGGUCCUUCGCAGCUGACUAUGGGGUAGAUAUAGAAGCGCGCAGCUGUCGUGUCAGCGCAGUUAGCUAGUGCUGGUGUAUUGUGCAGUGCAGGUGAGAGGCAGAGUGCGAGAGCCGAGUGGAGCUCCUUGUUGGAGCGUUGGUUAAGUUGUUGCUCCUUAGCCUGCGUCAGUCCUAGGCGCAAGCUCAACACAUUGUUCGCGUGUGGGGACGCCGCGUUGGCGAGAGCCACGGAUGGCCCUUACUCACCAUGGGGGCAUGUCGCACCGAUGGUACUGUAGCCUAGUCCAGA